AUGACGGCCACAGGUGAAGUGAGUUUCUGAUUAGUGACCGCUUAUUUUUACGCGAACGGUGGACUUAAGUAUACCCGUUCUCUUUUGUCGGGAGACAGUUGUGGUUAGGAUAUCUCGCGCCUCAAUUAUUCACAAAUGUAGUGCCCGAGCCCUCUGCUCUCCAGUCUGCAGUAGUUCGUCUGUAUUGCAGCUGGUGCUUAGGUCCACUCUGUCGUCAACCUCCGCAGCACCUGCAGAUUUUGCUGCCAUGAUGGAAGUCAAAUCCAGCAAGGGUGGUUUCAUAUCCAUAAGCAGUUUAUUGUCCUAUACACAACCGAUAAUACCUUGCGGUUUAGAUCCGUCACAGAGAGUUCACUAGUGCUCACUAUCGGGGUUGCGGAAUGAUGGAACCAAGGGAGGGGGACGCUAUUUUGACAGGCCUAUUCACUCGGGCGUCUGUACAUGGUGGUAUCCCCACUUCAACAGCCUUAGGUCACUUAUAUGUGAAAUUAUGUCAUAGUCUUCUACAAUGCCCUUCCUGUAGGGCAUCCUUGUGCGUUUUUGCGCACCCUCCUGUGGGCUUAUUUCCCCCCUCUUGCGUACUACGGAGAGAAUAUAUUGAACUUCCGAUCGCCUGAAAAGUGGUUAUGUAGAUUACAAUUGCUGUCUAUUCCAUUCAUCCUUGUCUAAAUGGUUUCUAUUAUAGCUGAAAAUAUUCCUUUAUCCAGCGGCAAAUUAAGCCAAUCUAUGUAUGCUCAGUUCUAAUGCCCGCAGUUUCACAGUCGAUCCAAUAUCUGUAGUCUCCGCCGACUUUUAACUGCGCUGCCAACUGCAUGGUUUUAUUUUUUUCGCCAUUAUCUUGAAAUUAUUGUUUAAAAAGCCCAUUCCUAACUUAAAAGUAAUUCUUUCGAUCUUCGUGUUCAAAGGCUCACUGUGUUUCAAACGUGCUCACACUUUGUUUUUUUCCCCUAUCACAUAAGGUCCAACAGUAAGAAUGUUAUUAAAUGACUUGUGGACGUGGGUAAUGUCAAGGGACGCUUUGGUUUUACCCUCGUUCACUGCAUAUUUAUCCCCACGGAACAUUUCCACAAGGUUGCUAUAACAGAUCAGUUUGUCUUACGUUUUUUUCCUAAAAGGGCAUUUACUUUUCAAUUUAGGCCACGAAGAACACAGUCGUUGUAUUGCCUUCCUUUCUAUUGGCAUCGCCAGGGCGUAAAACAGUUUCUCUUGGGAAAAGAACUAGUACCCGCGAAAGAGUCCGAAAAUGCCAGUGGUCUUGCGUGUCGACAUUAUUUUACUAUGGCUCCUCUGGUGUGCUGUCGGUACGGGCUGCGUCAUCUUCAACAAGUCUCUCCUUUUGAUCUUCCCACAUCCGCUGACGUCUAGUCUUGGCCAGUUGUUACACACCUUUACAUUUUCAUGGAUUUCAUUGCGUUUUAUCCAAGAAACAAAGAAGUUUGAGCUUAGUAGCCUACCGUACCUUCUUCUGGUAUCUCUGGGUCUCACUAAUAUAUUGUCGAUCGGAUGCAUGCAUGUUAGCGUCCAUUUGCUCUCUGCCGCGUAUGCCCACGUAGGUAAGUAAUUUCAUCGUAGAUGAUUUAUCUCUUUUCUAGUGAAGUCUUUAAUGCCGGUAUUCGUUGUCCUAUUUUCUCUUCUACUUGGACAGAGAUUCCCUUUGAAGGUGAGUGCCGUUAUUUGGCGUUUCUUUUGACACGGAUAUCGUGACAUGAAUAUUUUCGGUUGAUUUGAUCUGAAGAACUCUUUUUGCAUGCAUUAAGGCAUUAGUUUGUAUUUAAAGGCACAUUUCGUCAUCUGUUUUUCAUGCAUUUCUUGCCUACUUUCCCUUCUCAUAAAAGCAAGCGUACCAGCUGACUCUUGUAAGGAUGGAUGUUUGUGGCAUUGCUUGCUGUUUAAAUGAGAUGGUUCAUGCCAAUACAAGCACAAUUUAAUCGGAUGUGCCUCUUAGAUCAUUGAUGCUGCACGAAGUCAUUUUAACCGAUAAGCUUCGUAUGAACCGCCAAAGCAUUGCCCUGGAACGGCCAACCAGCGCGUUAAUUGACCUGAAGUGGCCGCCCCACCGCAACGCGAGUCUACGUACGUCCCCCCCAUACUAAUUAGAUAGGACUACACGCUGCCUCGCCGACCGGGGAAGCACGCUGGUUACCUUCAUACAAUUUGCCUGUCAGGACGGCCACAAAACGUUGGUCGGUCAAGUGCCAGUUUAUUUUAACUUUACAUUAAGGUGAAUGCCAAUCUUGCAUGCAUAAACUAACACGCGGUAUAAUGCGUCGCAUUCAAUAAGACAAAUAGGACCUUUCGUAUAUCCUAUUCCGACAUGAUCUGAUAGCCCAUAAAGCGCAUCCAUGCCAACCGAGAAAGCCUAGUGAAUAGUCGACUGGCCAGAUUUGGACUACGACAUCCGACGGACUCGAGACAUGUUCUUGCUCUGGACACAAGCUGACAUAUCGUAGAUUCUAACUGGUUCUUCGAACUCUACGAAGACUAGCAUUACUUCGGAGUGGGGUUAUGGGGACCUUCGCGUAAAUUCUAUUACGGCAAGAAGACGUGCGCCUCAUUGAUCGCAUUCUCCCUUCCCGUUCCUCGUGUGUCCCAAUAAAAGGAGCAGUUUCUGUCGACUUGUGACCUCAGUAGGCGCAGCGGCUGGUCAGUCAUUUGAUUCCACUUUUUUUGACACACACAAGCCUGAUCAGAAGAAGAAGCGAUCGCUGGAACAAUGGCUUUAUUCGCCUGACGUUUCGGAUUCUCUCUUGAAUCCAUCAUUAGAGACAGUUGCAGAAAAGGGUGGCUCGUGUACAGGAAGUCGCAGUAUUUAUAGGAUGCGGUUGCCAUGCUACCGCAUACCUACAGCAAUUAACCGUGCUCCCUUCAUCGAGGAUUGUUGCCCGCUGGUGCGCUAGUUGCUUGAUGGCCGGCAUGCAAGUUGUUAAUUGUGGACACCUCAUCACCCGUGUUGGAUGCUGGCGUGAUGAUUGCUCGGCCAUCUGGCUCACCGGCUUGCGCGCUCCUCGAGUGGUCAAUUGCAUUGACCAGUCUAUGCCUCAGCACAGAAUAUGGAGUGGGAAUGUCGUUGCACUUGUUGGUAGACUGAGGUCCCGUGAACCAUGACUCAAGCAACUCGCGGCUCAUGCGAUUAUCCCCUCUCGCGAGAAUUUCGACCUUAUCUAACUUGAAUGUGUUGCCGGGUCUCGUCGAAUGGGCCGCGACCUGAGAGUUGGCGUCAUUUCUCCGUACAGCUGCCACGUGUUCGGCAAUUCGCGUCCGGAGCAGUCUUCCAGUUUCUCCGACGUAGUUGCUUUGUCCGAAACUGCACCAGAUCCGGUAAACGACUCCAGAUGUUUCUUGCCGUAGCAGUGAGUCUUUUGGUCUCAUCACUUGACGCCUCAUGGUGGCCUUCGGUCUGUGCGCAACUCCAACCCCAAGUGAUGCAAGAAGGCGACUAACGGCCUCGGAGACGUUCUUGAUGUACGUUCUUGAUGAUGUACACAAGCCUCUCAGCCGACACUGACGCUCAUUCAAAAGGUCACGCUAGCCAUCCCGUUGAUAAUCUGCUAAUCCGUGACUUUUGGGGCUGCUUGCGCCAGCGGAGUCACGAUGACUCGAUAGUUGUAAACAGCGAGGUCCAUUACUGUCGUCAGAAUGUAGCGGUGAUUUACUCGUUAAUCUGUUUAUAGUAAAGCAGACUUGCAUUACAUCUGGUCCACUCAAUUCCUCCCACGUCAACUAUUUCCUAUUGACAAAACAGUGUCUAGACAACCGGAGCUAGACUCGAGCUCAUUGGUUGACAAAACUACCUGACCCGCCCUACGCAUGCAACACAGCCUGGUUCAUUACUCUACCUGAACCGGGCUUCAAUUAAGCCCGGUGGGGGUUCUCAGUACGUGCUGUUUCAUCAACUGUUUGCCUGGUGCAUGCCAGUGAACGCUCUCAACAGCACUAUAUGCGAGAGAGGGUUUCCAGAAGUCAACCUACGUGAAAGUUCCGGCAUAAACUUACAGAAUUCUCGCGUUACAUGCUCUUUUUAUGCAAAAGUUUCAUCCAAAGAUCAUCUUGGGGGCAUUCCAUGAUGUCGUAGUGGGUGUUCUUCUUUGGAGUUGCGGAAAUUCCCAUGGAAGUAGUCUGAAGACCAGUUGGCGAUCAUAAGUGUGUUCUCGAUAAAUUUUCGCGGGGCCCGUGCAUUUAUAUGGGAACACGAUGCAAGUAAAACAUGUGAGAGAUUAGAGGAGUAUAUUACGGUUAGUCUUCGUACUACAGGGGUGUAAGAAGAGGGGGAGAGGGGAAUAAGAUACAGUGAAUCAGGCGGUAGGGGGGGUUAGGGGGAUGGGGGAGGGCGCGGAGGUGUGCAUGCAACUAACCAACCUUUGGUCACAGUAGGCGUGGAGUUUCUGCCAGGUUCUCCUGUGCACAGAAGAUUAACUUUUGUAACCCGAGUGGUACUGUUUGUGCUUUUAGUUUUGCCUUUUCACAACCAUGCCGUGGGAGGGGGGUGUUCUCGUACCCUUUUGGACAGGCGCCUACUCCUCCGACCUACCACCCGGUUGACAGCACAUUGCGGAGGACCUGGAGGCCAGCGGUGCGGCUUGAAGCAUUAAACUGCGCCAGGUCGAACUUACUCUUCAUGUUCUUCAUGCAAGACUGCUUAAAGCUACUUGGUGAUAAGUGGGGACCCAGUGACCGACUCAGUGUUCUGCUUUCCAGUCUAUAAUUUACCGAGCACUUUCCGAUCACGCAACCACCACUACACCGGUUCCACUCAGGGCUUAUCCGAUAAAAUAGUUUGGCCUUUCCUCCCAUUUCGAAGCAGCAUGCAGUCUGAUGACUCUAUACUUCGUCCUGACGCAUCCUUCCAUCGCCUGAAUUACUCCUGUACCAAGUGAAGUUCUCAGUUUUUGCGGUAUUUUAGACCUAUGGCGCUCUGACAAUGAUAAUAACCGGUGUUGCGAUCACUUCUCGCGGUGAGGCCUCGUUCAAUGGCUUGGGUCUCGCAGCUGCCCUCGGCUCGACCAUAGCUGGUGCGGCAUACGGAUUUAUCAUGAAAAAGGCAAGUGUAUUCAAAAUUACUCGGAAAUUAAUUUUUUUUUUCGAAUCUGACGAUGCCGGUAAUUUGGGUCGUAAAAUCGAAAGUAGUUGUACUUUUUUGGCAAAUAAAUACAAAAGACGAUAUUUAUGUGCAUGCUUUCUAUGAAUUAUGUUCUGAUUUAUAAGGGCACUGAAAAUCCGUGAGAAUGCGUAUUACUUAAGCUUUAUUUUUGGUAGUGCGUCUUUUUUCAAACAACCACAUGGGCACACAUUCAAGGCCUGACAUCGUGGCCUGACAGAAAUAUCUUAGGACGAUGGCACAUGUUAACAAACAUUGCAAAUCCACUUCAGUUAAUCCUUCCUGCCGAAAUCACCUUUCAUAACUUCAGCUAAUAUUUGACGACUUCCGUCACCUAUCGUAUUUGUAUGGUGGUUCAUCAAUAUUUUAUAUUGGCCUAUUAAAUUUGAAAGCAGAUUGCGUUUAAUAUAACCACUGUCUUUUCAGUGAAACACGGUUUAAUUACAUGUGCACCACUACUGAAUGGCUGCUUUUUUGCAGGCGUUAAUCAUCACGGAGUUGCACGAAUUUCAAAUGCUGACGCUGAUCUCCGGUCUCAGUUUGAUCCUGCUGUUACCGGUCUGGCUAGUAGUCGAUUUCAGGCAGAUUCUUCUGCCAACCCGUGACUCGGUAGGUUCAAUUUGACCCUGAACAGUCUACUUUAAGUACUCUUUGUGUAGCAGCUAAAGCAAUGGGUGCCUCUUAGCCCUUAUAACUCCAGACGAAGUCCUGUUUAAAGACAAAUGGAUCCCAAAAGUACAGUUGAGAUAAGCAGCGCGGGACGCGCGUCUACGCGCCGAGCCAGCCACGCACACCUUUCGGCAAGUCAGAGGGCACGUCUGCGUCUACCGGAGUCAGUCGGUCGCGCACAAGUACCUCUGAUUGGUUGGCUAUAAGGAUGAGCAAGUGCAGUCGACUUAACACUGAGCGUCUGUGUCAGUAGAAUGUUGCAUGGACCGUCACAUUCAACCAUGCCGAAAAGAGGCACCGACUCUCCCAGUGUCUCAGCUGACGUCUGAGAUGGAUGCAGAGCUCCAGUCUAGCAUUGUUUUGCAUGUCCAUGGCUGGGCGGCUAUUGCCGUUGUUAUUGAACUUAAAAUUGCCCCUCCUCACGCCACCGGUGCUUCCCGAGUCUAGCCAGACCGUGCCGAUCACGGACCCGCUGUUGCCCAAAUACAGUCAGGGUUUGGUUCACCGUAUAACAUUUGCGUGGCUCGCCUCGAUGUAGGUACGACUUCCCGCGGUUCUUGAAUUCGUAUCUGAACACCUUCACUCCUACGGCGUUCUGGCUUCAGGGUUUGACCGGACGACAGGAGAAGUCAUUAUUGAACAGCGGACAACACUUGUUAUGCCAUACUGCCCCCACUGCACUGAUUUAUCUGGUCGGUGUCCAACCACUGCUGUCUGGUUCGUGACUUCUUCCUCGUCAGACCUGUCUCUUCCACAGUUAGCCUCCUUUGAGGGUUGUUCCACUAUCUGCCACGUGUGGACGCACCGCGCGGCCUACUGCAGCUAGGCUGAUGGACGAGCCCCGUCUUCCGAGGGGGUUUCGGAUGGCUGAGAGGAGUGGGGGUGACAGUAUCUUACGGCGAACACGGGACGACAUGAAAUUUUGAAUGGAGGAGAUUGUUGAAUCUGGGCUGUACUGCUGGCAAUGACAAAGUAUGUUCUCAGAUUAAACCAUACGUCGUGAAUGUUAUGUCCCUAACUAUGACGACCUCAGUGAACAAAAAGUCUGACAUUUCGGUCAUCACAAACGAUGCUGUCCACCUUGUGCCCCACAGCACGGCGAACACAAUGAAUUAGUUUAUGGUGUUAGUGGACUGGGGCUGAAUCUGCCGCAGUCUCUCACCCUCUUGGACCCUGUGUCAAGACAAAGGCAAGAGGCGAGAACGGGUGCGGCGUGAGCCUGGGCCUAGACGUGCCACUCCUUCGCCAUGCAUGGCAUUUGUACUGGGUGCGCGCAACCCUGGUGUAGCCCUCAUGUUGUUCUAGCGCUAUUUCAGUGUGUUACGUCUUCCGAGUAUUCGUAGCACUCGCUCUCACACACGACAGUUUGACCGUCGAUUUCGACGAUGUCCACCGUGUGCCCCACAGACUGCAUUGUGAAGCAGGGACGGUGACUUGCGCAGGGGUUUAUAGUGCCAGUAGACUUACGCUGCAUCUACCUACACUCUCUCCUCCUCCCCGCCCGAGCCCGGUGUCAAGACCAAGUCAAGAAGACCGGAGACGGGGGAGGCCGCAGGUGGAUGGCUCGGACGGAUCCUCGCCUUGGCUCUCCACUCCGCACCCCCUGGUCCACACACAAAUGACCAGGAUUUGACCACAAAACAAUGGGGUGGUGACAGUGGUCCAGCUGUGCGACGAAUGCCGACACCAGGGUCCGCCAGCGCACCCCGCAAAUGUUUGCCAUUUGUUAUUACUCACAGAUAACGCCUGCCAGAGUCCGAUGUGGCCCCCGUUUUGGUCCAGCGCAUCUAACAGGUUACCCGUUUAGAGGGCACGCUCACACACACGGCAGUUCGACCGUCGAUUUCGACGAUGUCCACCGUAUGCCCCACACCAGGUGGGAGCAGGGACGGUGACUUGCGCAGGGGUUUAUAGUGCCGGUAGACUUGCGCUGCAUCUACCUACACUCUCUCCUCCUCCCCCGCCUGGGUCCGGUGUCAAGACAGAGUCAAGAAGACCGGAGACGGGGAGGCCGCAGGUGGAUGGCUCGGACGGAUCCUCACCUUGGCGUUCCACCACACCCCCUGGUCCACACAACAAUAACCAGGAUUUCAACCAACACAACAGAGAUUUGGAGGCUGGCACGGCCGAAGCCGCACCUGGGCGUGCCGCCAACGCCUGGCUCGGAUCCCACACUGUGGUAGGAGUGCCAUAA